CCCUCCCCGCCCCGCCCCGCCCCCCAACGCGCGCCUAGCAGCCAAUCCGCGAUGCGCCGCCUCCGCUCCCACGCCAAGCCCGCGACCCCCACCAUCCCCGCCGCCGACCAACCCCCCGCCCCGCAGUCCCCGCCGCCGGCGAUGGAGACCGGCGCCUUGUCUGGCACACCAGCGCCCUCCCCGUCCACCUCCGCCUCCCGCGGCCUCGGCUCCUCCGCUGCCGACGGCGGGGCCCUCAAGUCCCCCGACGCGGGGGCCGGGGCGGGCACGCCCCGCCGCAGCCUGCGCCUCGCCGGCGCCGCGAGCCCCAACACCCACGCGGCGGGGUCUUCGGUGCCAGAUGGCGCUUCAUCGGCCGCUGGCAAGCAGAGGGGGAGGCCACGACUGUCCGCCCUUCCUGCCGCUGCUGCUUCCCCCAAGGAUGUCGCGUCGUUGACCGAUGGAGCCGGCGGGGGCGGGGGCGGCGAGGUCAGGGCUUCGCUCCGCAGCGGCGUUUCGGGAAGCUUGCAGUCAGGGCCGCGCACUGCGAAGCGGCAGAUGGACCCAUCCGCUGACGCGAGCGGGGAGAAGGGAGUCCGAUCAGAUGGAAGGGCUGGAGGCAUGGUGUAUGACGAAAUGCCGCGCAGCGACGCAGCCGCGAAGCGGCGCAAGGGCACGCUGGUUCGGGGGGCGGAUUACGUGCCUGAUUCAGAGAGCGAAUCUGACAAGGACUCUGUGCUGCUGGCAGAAGGGGGUACGAGCGUGUCGACUGCAGGAGUGGUGGACUACGUGCCCGAUUCGGAGAGCGACAAGGAGGACUGUGUGCCGCUGCGGGGUGGUGGCAUGAAGGUGCUGGCGCGCUUGUCUGCAUAUCCUAACCUGAUUGACCUGAAUGUGGUGCCUAUGGGCUCGGAUGUGACUGAUGUGGGGAGAGGGGAUGGUUCUGUGAGGGCUGGUGAAGGGGAGAUUGGAGAAGCUAAUAACAGGAACGGACACCUCUUGAGUGGGGAGUCUAUGCACCUGCAUGUUUCAGCAGCUGCUGCUCGCAUUGUCAAGUCACCGUUAGCAUCCCCUGUAGCAAUGUCUGCAACAGCUGAAGCCUAUGCGGGCAUGAACUCCACCCAAGAUUUGCUUAGGCACGAGUCUGGAGACAAAGGUAACUUAAAAGAGAAGCUGGUUCUGGGGAACAAUGAUUCUGCUGCUGCUGCGAGUGCGGGCGUUCGAGCUGGUGCCAGGACCCGGAAGUUCAGCCGUGACGAUAAAGGGAAGGGCAAAAUGGUUGCGGAGGAGGGUUUAUUGCCUCAGGGCUUAGGUAAUGCUGACAUGGAUGUGGAACCAGUGGCUUCCGAAGCGAAUCAGCGCAUACCAGGAGCGGCUGAUGCUCCCGUUGAGCCGCUUUGGAGGCAGGCAGCAAGAGAGAGAGCUAUUAAGCUGGCCCCCAAGUUCGCAUUCUUCAAACCAGAUGAAGAUGUGCAGAGUGAGGAAGAUGACGCGGAAGAGCUGGAGCCUCCAGCUGGCCCUCAGGAUUGGCCAGGUCCAUUUUCUACUGCGAUGAGGAUCAUGGAUGAUAGGGAUGCUAAAUUGAGAGCCCGGGAGUUGAAUCCGUCUAAACUAGACAGUAUUGCUGACAAGGUCAUUUCCUGGACACCUUCAAAGGAUAAGAAAAAAACUCCAGUGCGACCCGUCCCAUCACUUACAAGCCUAUGCCUGCGAACCCUUGCAAACAAUGCUGAAGGUAUUGAGUCACUUGGGGGCAUAUCCGAGGAGCUCAAGAAUAAACUCUUAAUGGAACUCUGCCAUUCAAGGAAGAUGAAUACCCAUCUUCUUACUGAACUCUUGUGUGACAAUCCUGUGACUCUGCAGCUCAGUGAGUGUUCGUGGUUGAGUGAGGAUGAUUUCGGGAAUAUUUUUGGGAAAUGCAUGACUGAAUCUUUAGAGGUUCUGCAGCUUGACUUAUCUGGGCGAUGCAUGCCUGAUUAUAUGUUGCCGGCUACCUUGGCUAAGGCGCCUAAUUGCAUGCCAUUAUUGAGAAAAAUAUCUCUUAUGGGAAAUCACCGAUUUUCUGAUAUCGGGUUAGACACAAUCAUCUCUGCGGCACCUUCUUUGAGUUCGCUAAAUUUAAGGGAGUGCUCUCUUCUGACUUCAACUGGAAUUGAGAAUCUUGCUAAGAGGUUGCAUUCCGUGUUGAGAGAACUAUAUAUUGAUGACUGCCUAAACGUGGACGCUAUGGUGAUUCUUCCUGCUCUACAGAAAAUUGAACAUCUGGAGGUUCUAUCAAUGUCUCGCAUACAGUCUGUCUGUGACAAGUUUGUGAAUGAGCUCGUUCCUACACAUGGUUCAAAUCUGAGGGAGUUAGCGUUUGCUGGUUGCCUGAAGCUGACCUCGUCUGCCAUUAAGACUAUUGGGGUGAACUGCCCCCAGUUAUCAUCUUUAGAUCUUCGCAACUUGAAUAGGUUGCGUGACUCAGCAUUAAAACAUCUUCGUGGUGGCUGCCGGCUUAUAAAGAAAUUAAAGUUUCAAAAGAAUGCUUUCAGUGAUGAAGCUGUGUCUAAAUAUUUGGAAGAAUCUGGAGGAUGCUUAACUGAGUUAAGCCUGAACAACGUUGGGAAGGUUGGCAAUCUUACUGCACAGGCGAUUGCUCUCAAGUGUUCCUUGGAGGUUCUGGAUCUUUCCUUCUGCCGUGGUUUGACCGAUGAAGCUUUGGGACUGAUUGUUGACAGUUGCUCAUCGUUGAGAAUCCUCAAGCUAUUUGGGUGUACCCAGGUAACGGAUGUUUUUCUCAAGGGCCACUCGAACUCAUUGGUGAAAAUUAUCGGGAUAGAAGGGAGCAUACUGGAUCGAAUGGAUAGAAGCUAGCUGGAACUGCCACAUUCCCCCUUUUACAAAAUGAAUGCUGCAUUCCGCCGACUGUCAGUGGUCCAGCUUUUCUUUUCUAGAUGGUUUAGUGGUCCAGCUUUGUAUUCAGGACAUUAAUGCAGUUUCGUAUGCUCAGAGAAAUUGUUGUGCUGCGAUUGAUAGCCUGCACCAACCUCAACUAAUCCCAACUAGGUCGUCAGAUGCAAUUUUCUGUGUUGGUUGCUGAGGGGUCGGGCCAGAUCUGUACGCUGCUUAAAGCACCACUCAACUAGGCCAUGGGUGAA